AAAACACUGCUUCGUUCUAGAAAUCGAUCUUUUGAUCGCGAGUCGAAUAGGAUGGCUUUCUUCAAACGCUGGCUGGCUGUCAUCUGUGUAUUCUCUUUUGCCAUCUCGCUAACUCUUUGCAGAAAGUGUCCAUGUAAAGAAGAGUCGUUAUGCGAGCCUAUAACUAGGCCACCGGGCAAAGAGUGCCUAGUAUGGACGACGACUCCUAAUGUAUGGCGGAAGACGGAUUUCAAUGCUCCCGGAUACAACUGGAGUAAAAUAACAACUAUUGGGAUGUUCAGAGAGUGGGAUGACGAGCUAUUCUGUACAGCUCACUCAAAGGGUGUUAGAGUUGUGCUUGUCUCUGGUUUUCCUGUGGAAAAGCUGAGCAAUAGCCAGGUCAGAAAGGACUGGAUUAAAAACAAGACAACGGAAGCCAAGGAAAACUUUGCUGAUGGUAUUAACAUUGACAUUGAAGGACCUAUUGAAAAGGGUUCCAAGGAAGUAACACUGUUAACCAAACUGGUGAACAAUGUUGCCAAGGCAUUUCGCAAGGAAUUUAAACACACUCAAAUCUCUUUUGAUGCUGCCUGGUCACCAGAUUGUAUUGAUGGCCGCUGUUAUGACCUGAAGGCCAUUGUCGACAUUGUUGACUUUAUGGUCAUUAUGGCCUAUGACCAGCAAAGCCAAAUAAAAGAAGGACCAUGUAUUGCUAAAGCAAACUCCCCUUACUCCCAAACACUAGAAGGUGUCCAACAGUACCUCAAACUCAACAUUUCCAGCAACAAGCUGGUACUUGGACUACCCUGGUAUGGCUAUGACUACCCCUGUGAAGAAAUCGAUGAAAAGAAUGACAUCUGCUUCAUCAAGAAAGUGCCAUUCCGAGGGGUCAACUGCAGCGAUGCCGCAGGAACACAAAUUCCUUAUGCAACAGUUAACGACCUGCUAAUGACUCGCACUGAUACUGGGCGCAAGUGGAGUCUCAAGUCACUUUCACCAUAUUUCUGGUAUUCUGACCAUGUUGGUAACCCACAUCAAGUUUGGUAUGACGACCCUUCAAGCUUGACCUUUAAGUACCGCAUUGCUAACAUGCUUGAUCUUAAGGGGGUUGCCAUAUGGAAUGCUGACCUUCUGGACUAUAGUGGACUCAUGAGGGCUAACGUACAGACCCAGGAUAUGUGGAACAAGCUUCACCAAGCCAUGCCUAAAUCGGGUACCUUUGGUUGUGUUGGACAGUGCUAAGACUGGCUAAACAGUGUAAAAUUUCAAACACUCCAACACCUGGCAGUUGCUUUUCCUUAUAAUCAUCUAAAAUGCAUACCUUUUAGGGAUAAUAAUAAGAGGUAUGAUUAGUUCCCGGUAACUUUGUCCAUAGGGAUGGAUUUUUUGAAGGCACUAUAAGUUCCUCCAGUUUUCCCAUUCACGAAGCCCAAUCAUCCCACCACACAUUACCAAGUCGCAUUUCCAUCCACUAACUCAAGUAACCUAGAAAUUGAAUCAAAUAUCAUAAUAACAAAUCUGACUUCAUUCAUGGAUGUUUUUUGCAAAGUUUUCUUGAAAAUAAAUAGUAUUUUUAUUUGUAAAAAAUAACAAAGGAUAGCAAAAAUAAGCUUUUGUUCCGCUCUCAAGUCACAAAAGAAGACAUUCUUCACAUUCUACAUGGUGGCAGAGGGCUGCUGAGGACAACAAAUAAAGAUGCUCAUGUUCUGGUUCCUCAGAAUGACAGCACAUCAUGGUAGAUCAAGAAUUCUAAGAUACAAAUCGGCAGCAACAGUAUAGAAAUCACACAAGUGCAUGCAUUAGCACCCCACUAAAAAGUGAAGAGACUGCAAUAGACAAAUAACAUUAAUUUUCAUAACAUACUUUUUAUUAUAAAUGUAAAUUACCACUCCAUCAAUAUAUACAGAAAUAAAAUUGUGUACAUUAAAACUACAAAA